AUGGCAGAUAAGGAUGAAACGGACACCGAGAACCAAGCCCUGUUGGAGGAGGAAUCCGAAGAGAACUUAGAGAGUAGUGGUGGAGUGACUCCGACCGAUCAGUCAACUGCUCGUCCAUUCAAAAAAUGGAUGGACAGCUUCCGAGCACGGAAACAUGAUUCUCCAGUAUUCAAACAGGGAGUUGUGGAGGGCUGGUCAGAUACAUCUUCUCAUGGCUCGCAAGGCCAUCGGUCGAGUCCAUCCGACUCAUCGCAGCUCGGAACCGUCAAAACAACCACAGCAAGCAUUGGAAGUCAGAGUUUGAUAAGAUCGAGGACAACUAUUCACAGCACAACAAACCAGAGCGGGCAAUCAGACGUGCGCCAUUCUGGUGACAGCUCUCGACCAAGCUCAAGUCACCACGUUGAUGAAGCUGUGGAAACACGGUCUACCAGACGGCGCCAUAUCCUACAGGAACUUGUCGAGACCGAGUCUGAUUAUGUACUUGGUCUGAAGGCUCUUAUCGGGAUCCUUACGAUAUUUGGCACGAGGCGCGAGAUCUAUGACAACAUCCAGGAGAUCCUCGAAAUACAUGAACGCUUUUUGACCAAGCUUCAGACCGCAUCUCCCUUGUCAGGUUCUCAGACACAACAGGCAGGUGCCUCUGAGCUUACAUCCAGGGGAAUUACCAAGCGUAUAGGGACCCUUGAUCUGGGUAGUCUAAAAGGGCUUCAGCAACGAUCCUUGAGGACCCGUUCACUGAAGGCAUCGAUCAAUCGACGGCUCAUGGCACUCAGCGCUGAACCAACAGAGGUCUUAGAAGUUGCCCGUGAAUUUGAAAAAUUGCUACUUUCAUUCCCUGUGUAUGACCAAUUUUGCAGCAACUAUGAGCUGUUAACACAGGAUGUUGCUCUCUUACGCCGGUCAAUUGCCAACUGGACAAUAUAUGAUCAAGGAAUCGAGGCACUUUCGAAAUCGGUCGCGUCCACGGAGCGACGUAGACAAGAGGACAACAAAUCAAUGACAUUGAAUGAUCUGUUGAUCAAGCCCAUCCAACGUCUUUGCAAAUACCCUCUUGUGCUACAAGAUCUGCUCCGAGCUACCCCGGUUAGUGAUUGUCCGUCUGCCCAUGACGGAAUUCAGCAGGUUUUGGAUAACAUACGGGUGCUAGUGACACGGAUCAAUUUGGCAGCUGGAAACCCGAUCAACAAAGACCGUAUCCAAAAGACAAUUGUUCUCCAGGGCAAGGUAGAUAUCUCAAGAUCGUAUGCACUCCAGGAUAUAUACAAAGACCUAGGUCCGCUGGUCCUGUGUGGCGUGCUCCAUGUCACAUAUCAAACAUCCGAAACCACCAAUGGGGAGUUCAUGGUCUGUGUGCUUUUCCACCGUUAUCUUCUGUUCGCCAAGGGAACUGAGGAGUUGCAUCGAUUGGAGGCAGUGGCAUGCAUCUACCUAGACAGUCUCAAGAUUGAUACGCUUCAAAAUGGACGAGGACUAUAUUGCUACGGAUGUAUAUUUUCUUGGAAGCUCCUGUUUCAAGACCAAGAUGAAAACUAUGAAUUCGUCCUCAGUGCAUCAUCGGCAGUGGAAGAAAAACAAUGGAACACUGAGAUUCUCAAAAUGUCCGCCGCGUUGGUCGAAAUGGCCCAGCCCAGGAUGUGGGAGCCUGGAAAACAUUCUUUUCUGGCCCUGCCACUUGUGCCUCUAGACCAUGUCCAGUAUACAGUGUCUUCCAUGGCCCGGAGGUCAAUGGAUUCCACGACAAUCUCCCGCAAGUCCCACGUUCAGCAUGUAGUUAUCAAAAAGACACACUACCCGCGCCACACAGAACUAGUCCUACAGGCCGAAGGUGAGAUUGAACGGCCUAAGACACCCAUUGACCGCUCCGCAUUGACAUUGACUGCUCGCCGAAUCGACCGAAUCAGGUUGGAGCGAUUAAUUUCGGAGGUCUACACAGGUGACGUCCUUCCGUCACCCGGAAUGGUUCUCGGAAGGGGUGAUCUCUUCCGACGUGGUUCGAUCAUGAGACGGCUCAGCCUUCGCCCGGCGUUCACCAGACGCUCAAGCGCUGAAGGUACCUUCCAUUCGCGAACAGCAUCUACCGACAUGCAUCCUAACGAAGAGAGCGAUGGAAUGGACAAGGGGGAAAUAGGCGAUAGCGAGAUCGGGGAGGAGAAGGAAGUCGAGUUUGAGUUGCCUCGGACACCCACCACGCCUCGGCGGUCAAAGACAUUCCGUUUCAAAGGCUCACCUAAGAAUCCUGCAUCGUCGGUUUCUUCCCCUCGCAGUGAAAAACGACGGAGCCACGAUGGAAGUUCCGAGUCAUCUCCAUCUUCCAAGAAAUGGUCGUCUCCAAAGAAUUUCUUUAGUGCUUUGACACCUAAGAAACUAAAAAAGACCCUGUCUCACGCUGAUUGA